UGAGAUUAUGUGUGAUGCCGUAAGUUAAGGACCUUGAAUUCAGGGUUUAUUCAAGGUUGGGCGAUGUCUCGGCCGCUUCAUCGUGGUGUCUCCGGUUGCAGGAUUGCAGACAGUAGCCAUUAUUCCUGGGACUCUCAGAUGAAAAAUAGAAAUGAGAAAGAGGAUGGGUAUAGGAAUCGCUCUUCUCCUACUUCUCCUUCUCCUGAUCAAAAGCCUCUGUCAUUGCGUGUCCUUGUUAAUUUAAUUUUUGGGCACAAUUCUUCUCCCAAGUCCGGGUUCAGUGAGAAUGGUUUUGGAUCUGAUCCCUUCAACAUGGGAACUUCACGAAGCCGACACUACCUGACCCUGCUGUUUCUCAAGUUCAGUUUAGUUCUGAUUGUGAUUCUUGCUCUUUCUGGUUCUCUUUGGUGGACGAUUACCAUUUCAACAUCCUCGAGAGGUUACAUCCUUAAGGGUUAUAGGCGGCUCCAAGAAAAACUCAUCUCUGACCUUGCAGAUAUCGGGGACUUUUCUCUUGGUCCGAGGUUGAAGGAGGUGGAAUACUGUUCAGAGGAGUUUGAGAACCAUGUUCCUUGCUUUAAUAUUUCUGAUAAUCUUGCUUUGGGUUAUUCUGAUGGCAACGAGUAUGGCCGUCAAUGUGAGCCUGAAUCCAAGCAGAGCUGCUUAGUGCUUCCACCUAGGAAUUACAGAGUUCCUCUUAGGUGGCCUACUGGAAGAGACGUCAUAUGGAGUGCAAAUGUGAAAAUUACUGCGCAAGAAGUUCUUUCCUCUGGAAGUUUGACUAAAAGGAUGAUGAUGUUGGAGGAAGAUCAGAUAUCCUUCCGUUCUGACUCUCUCUUGUUUGAUGGAGUUGAAGAUUACUCCCAUCAAAUCGCUGAAAUGAUUGGGCUGAGGAAUGAAUCUAAUUUCGUUCAGGCUGGAGUUAGGACCAUCUUGGACAUAGGGUGUGGUUAUGGUAGCUUUGGAGCACAUCUCUUUUCAAAGCAACUACUGACCAUGUGCAUUGCAAACUAUGAGGCCUCAGGCAGUCAAGUCCAAAUAACUUUAGAAAGAGGUCUUCCUGCUAUGAUUGGUUCUUUUACUUCAAAACAAUUGCCAUAUCCUUCUCUUUCGUUUGAUAUGUUGCAUUGUGCACGAUGUGGUAUCGACUGGGAUCAGAAAGAUGGUAUUUUCUUGGUUGAAAUUGAUAGAGUUUUGAAACCUGGUGGAUACUUUGUCUGGACUUCACCAGUUACUAAUGCUCACAUGUCACUUCGCAACAAAGUGAACAAAAAAAAAUGGACAUUUGUUCUCAACUUUGCAGAAAAUCUCUGCUGGGAGAUGUUGUCACAGCAAGAUGAAACUGUUGUAUGGAAAAAGACGAGUAAAAGAAGCUGUUAUGCUUCUCGGAAGUCUAGUUCAGGCCCUCCCAUCUGCAGUAAAGUCCACGAUAUUGAAUCUCCUUAUUAUAAACCACUACAGUCAUGUAUAGCUGGAACUCACAGCCACCGCUGGAUUCCUAUAGAAUCACGGACUACAUGGCCAUCCAGGGUUCAUGUAAACUCGAAUGAACUUGAAAUUCAUGGUAUCCAUUCAGAAGAUUUUGUUGAGGAUUCCCUGAACUGGAACUCAGCGGUUCGUAACUAUUGGUCUCUGCUUUCACCCCUGAUAUUCUCAGAUCAUCCUAAGAGACCUGGUGAUGAGGAUCCUUCCCCACCUUAUAACAUGCUAAGGAAUGUGCUGGACAUGAAUGCCCGGUUUGGAGGGUUUAAUUCUGCUUUAUUGGAAGAAGGGAAAACUGUGUGGGUCAUGAAUGUAGUUCCAAGAAGCGGAUCAAACUAUCUCCCUCUAAUUCUUGAUAGGGGAUUUGUUGGGGUAUUGCAUGACUGGUGUGAAGCAUUUCCAACAUACCCAAGAACUUAUGAUAUGGUUCAUGCUGAAGGCCUACUAUCUCUAGAAACCAGUCAGCAGCAAAGGUGCACUAUGCUUGAUUUAUUCAUAGAGAUAGAUCGUCUCCUUCGCCCAGAGGGUUGGGUGAUAUUCCGAGACACAUCUCCUCUCAUUGAAUCGGUCAGAGCAAUUGCAACACGCCUAAAAUGGGAUGCUCGGGUGGUGGAGAUUGAGAGUAACAGCAAUGAGAGGCUCCUUGUUUGUCAGAAACCUUUCUUCAAGAGACUUCAAAAGUAGAUUCGAAUUUGAAGUGAAGCCUGUGAAGGGUUAUAUCAUAAUUUUUAUUAAUUUUGGAUGUCCUUAUACCACCAUAAAGGUCUGCAAACAGCGAUCUUGAAGAUUUUGAACACAGAGGUACAAAAAUGCUGAAAAGGAGAGGAAACAGCACAGAAACACGGUCACAAACUCCUAUGGAACCACAAGGUGUUCAUAGGGCCAUGUAAUUAUAGAAAAGAAAAGGCAAAAAAGGGGGUAAGGGAAGAUGAUCAUAGGACAAUUUUUUUUUUCUUUUUUAAUUUUCAAGUAAUGUCUCAUUAAUCAUUAUAAGAAUACAACCAUAUGAUGAUUUAUGUGGUUGAGAAAAUGAAUAAAAAAGUGAUGCUCAAUGUGGUAUAAUGGAUAUGCAUUUAUGAAGAAAU